GUUUUCGGCGGACUCUGUGUUUCCAUGAGAACAAAGGCUCGGUCUCCGCAGCAACACAAACAGCAGCAGAACAAAGGCGGCCAUGUUUCCAGAAGUCCUUCCCCCCAUAAAUCUGGGCGGCGGUGAGCGGCGGUGCCGUUUGACAUUGAGCUACCGAGCGUCAUGCCUCUGCCACGACGCCGCUCAUCCUUCCUGGGACAGCCGUCUACGGAGCGCCCAGCUCCGGCCUCCUGUGGACGGAUCAGCUCGGUGGGCACCGCCGCCCCGCGCGGCGUGUUCGUGGGCUCUGCCCCUCCGAUGGGCGGGGCUUCCUGUCUAGGGACGCGGGUGUCCCGGCGGGCCCUGGGCAUCAGCAGCGUCUUCCUGCAGGGCAUGAGGAGCAGCGCGGCGCCCGUCGUGCCGCGGGCCGGGGAGCGGGCGGCAGGUCCGGGGGCGGCGGCGGGACUCAACAGCUGUCUGAUGGAGUACAGGGACAAAGUCCGAGCGCUGGAACAACUGAACCAGCAGCUGGAGGCCCAGAUCCGCCUCAGCCUGGACCGCAAGGCCUCCAGCGCCGGGGCCUGGGGGGCGCUCAGGAGGGAGUGGGAGGACGUCUACAGACAGGUCAGUGAAGCCAUCCUGGACAACGCUCGGCUGAUGCUGCAGACAGAGAACAUCCAGGCCAACGCCGAGGACUUCAAGGAGAGGUUCGAGGGGGAGCAGCCUCUGAGGCGUGCGGUGGAGGAGGAGAUCGGCUCUCUGUACCGGGUCAUCGAUGAGGCCAACGUGACGAGGGCGGAGCUAGAGGGUCAGAUGGAGAACAUGAGGACUGAACUACGUCACCUGGAGCACAACCACGAGCAGGAUGUUCGAGUCCUUUACAGUCAGAUUGCGGGCCGUGAGGUGGACGAACCAGACGCCCCCAUUGAGACCAGUCUGGACCAGAUCCUGGCCUACAUCAGGACCCACUGGGAGAAGGUGACGGAGAGGAACCGCGCCGAGACCGACAGCUACCUGGAGUGUAAGGAGGCACAGUGUGUGAGCAGCAGGCUGAGUCCUGAGGAGGAGCAGGUGGAGGCGCUGAAGGCAGAGUGCAACGAUAUGGGCUGCAAGAUUCAGAGUCUGCAGGCGGAGACCGAGUCCAUCAGAGCCCUGAAACGGGGUCUGGAGAACUCUCUGGGGGACGCGGGUCACUGGCACGACAUGGAGCUCCAGAAUCUGGGCUCUUUGGUCGCCAAGCUGGAGGCGGAGCUUGGAGACGUGCGCAGCGAGAUCGAACAGCAGCGCCGUGACUACGACACGUUGCUUAGCAACAAGCAACGUCUUGAGCAGGAGAUCGGCGUGUACCACGGGAUCCUGGAUGGGGAGGAGCGCCGCUUCCUGCCCACCGAGGCAACGUGUCCAGGUGCGCACACAGAUCCUGAGGGAUCUGCUCCAGACUUCAGGAUUGACCCUCCAGGACAGUGAUCCAGUGUGUGUGUGUGUGUGCGGACAGACGUGGACUCUCAGGUGGAUCAGAACUCUGCAGGUGGAUCAGGACUCUCAGGUGGAUCAGGACUCUGCAGGUGGAUCAGGACUCUGCAGGUGUGAAUGAUGCUGAGCAGCAGACUGCCUGGACAUUAACACAGGGAGGUCAUGUGACCUGCAGCAGAGGUCCAGCCGGGUGAGGGUUCUGGAUGGACUCUGAAGGGGAUCAGUCCUCUGGUAUGAUGAUGAUGACGAUGAAGAGGAUGAUGAUGGUGAUGAAGAGGAUGAUGUAAACAGUGAUGAUGAUGAUGAUGGUGUUGAUGAUGAUGAAGA